AUGGAUGGUUUUUCAAAGAAAUGUGAUGAGACAGCAUUGUCAGACGGUGAUAUAAACAGACUCCUUGAACUACAUAAAGAGUAUACCGAGAACUCAUUAAAAUAUUUAUCUGCCUUGGAAACUGAUAAGCAAAAUGUUAAAGGCUUUGUUAAACAUCCUCAAACAUCCCGAAAGUAUAUGCCACUUUUGCAGCCAAUGGGAUAUAAGGAGGCUACUAAAUGUCUUAGGCUAAAGCGUUCAGAUGGAAUCAUGGUAGAAUUGAAAUGCCCAGUUUGUCAGUUGGGUAAUUUUAUCACGGUAGAGCAAUUUAUUCAACAUUUAACCGACUUUGAGGACAUACCUUUAUUUCAGGACGAGGAUGAAGUUGAUCUUAUUAAACAAUAUUCGGACAUUAUUGCUUUAGAGUUUGGAAGUGUCUUAGCAUUAUCACAGCAGACACAAUCUGCAAAAGCUAGAAUAAACACUUUGAAAAAGAGAAACAUUGACCCCUCGAGACAGUUGUAUCUCUCAUCUGAUAGAACCAAUUAUGCUGAUGAAAUAAAAAAAAGUCGUCAAAACAAAUUUAAAUUCUUGCGGAAAAGGGCUGCAGAAGAAGGGGAAAAUGUGGAUAAUUUACUAAAAGAGAUCACCGGAUAG